CAACAAUCAGCCUGUUGUAAAAAAACUGACAAAUAACCCCUCUUGGGUAUUCUAUUCUUCAUCUCCAGAUCCCCUUUUCUACCAUCAGUUUUCUCAUGAUCUAAUUUCCUAUCAGUAUCUUAAAUCAUAAUUAUUACUAGUUAUAUAUUAAUAUAAGAUCCGUGUAUAUUACCUCUAUCAUAUCAAUUUCAAUUUUAGUUUUCGAUUGUUUGAUCCGUGUUUAUUUGAGAUCAUUCACAGACUCAUCUGUUAUUAUUUCUGUUACUUCUUUUGCUGUUAAUUUGAAUAUCUUAAUGGAAUCAUUUUCGAUGAACACAUCGGGUGAUUACAAGCACCAGAUCGGAAAUCUCAACCGAAAUUUCGUUGCUAACCGUACUUUAUACUCAUAUCCGUCUGAUGAUUUGCUUUUAGCGACUGUUCUUUCCGGCAGUUACUUCACCGGAGCCGGUUUAUUGUCUGCACCUCCGGCAUCUCUCAAUCAUUCCUUUCCGCCGGCGGUUUUAGGUUUCCGGCCACCGCAGAACCUCCAGCGCCACCGUCAACAACCACCGCUUCUUCCACUUCCGGUUUCGGUACCGAAAACUCAUCAAAACAUGAAUAUUUAUCGUAUUAACAGUAGUUCUAACAAUAAUAUUCGAUUAUCGACGCCUCGAGUGAACAAAAAUGUGAAAAACCGAGUGCGAGAUCAUUCGUUAACGCCGAAGAAAUCGAAGAAUCAGAAGAAGAAUUCGAAACGAGAGGAUGUAGAUCUGGCGAUUAAUACAACGGAAUCGUCGGUUAGUGAGAUGAUUGGACCGGAUCCGAAGGAUCUACCGAAGAAUGUUGUUUCUAUGGUUUUUUCUUCAUCGGUUAACAAAUUAUGUGAUGUUUCUGCUGAUGUGGAUGAGUUUUCAGGUUCUGUAGUGUUUACUCCUUCUCCACCGCCUAGCAGCUUGCCUUUGCCUACUUUUUCGCUCCGGCCGAAGCUCGGUUGCAAGGCGCAGGCUGCCGCGGUAGGUUUUGGUGUCGACGCUGGAGCUACGGAUAGUCUCCGACGACUUCUUCGACUCUGAAGAUUUGAUGUAGUUGUGUACUGUUUUAUUACAUAAAUGCUGCUUUUAUGCAUGCUACUGUAGGAUGGAUAUAAGAGAACAAAAAGGUGGUGAAAAAGGCUGGUAUUUGGUGCUUUAUUUUCAUCUUGUUCUUCUGUUGUUGUUUCUGGUUUGAAUUAAAAUGUUGAAUUAGGGUUCUUAUUUUGUGUUGUUUACUUUCGUCUGUGUUAACUGCCUGAGUUUUUUUUUUCUUGGUGGUGCACAUGACUGAUUUUCAAUCUGUAAUGAAAUGUUUCAGUGUUCAUUUUUAAUCUGUAAUGAAAUGAAAUGAAAUGCUUGAACGUUUUCAGUUUGUAACA